ACCGCCCUCUGCUAGCCAUCGCCUCUCCUUCCUGUCCCAACAACUCACGCGCUAUCCAUCGCUUAUCUACUCUUCCUGGAUGGGGUAGAUUAGGUGCUACAGAGAUAAACACCUCCCGUAGCCAUCUACGAUCCUCUACAAUCUCGAUAGCCCUUGACACCACCGCCCUCACACGCAAGGAACCCGACCGCUCACGAUGGCUAACCGAGGCUUUGACGACGAGGAGUUGACCAUUUCUCUUUCUUCAACACAAGUUCGACGACAGCCACAACCUCAACAUCCCUCUCACAGCAACCGCCAUGGCAGAGACAGAGCCGAUCAUUCAUCGUCUCACCCGGUCGGUGCUCCGCCAAAGGAAAAGUCCAAGGCGGAGCAGCGUAUCGGCGCCUACAAAGUAAUCCGGACUCUCGGCGAAGGCUCGUUUGGUAAGGUCAGACUAGCCACGCACGUCGGAACUGGCCAGCAGGUUGCUUUGAAGAUUAUCGCAAGAAAGAAGCUUAUCAGUCGCGACAUGGCUGGUCGAGUCGAGCGUGAGAUUGAAUAUCUUCAGCUUCUUCGACACCCACACAUCAUCAAGCUCUACACCGUAAUCAAGACCCCCGCUGAAAUCAUCAUGGUUCUCGAAUAUGCUGGAGGCGAACUCUUCGACUACAUCGUUCAGAACGGCCGCAUGAAGGAGGACGAAGCUCGACGAUUCUUCCAACAGAUGCUCUGUGCUGUAGAAUACUGCCAUCGCCACAAAAUUGUUCAUCGAGACUUGAAGCCAGAGAACUUGCUGCUGGAUGAGAAUCUCAAUGUCAAGAUUGCCGAUUUCGGUCUUAGCAACAUUAUGACGGACGGCAACUUCCUCAAGACUAGCUGUGGAAGUCCAAACUACGCGGCCCCAGAAGUUAUUGGUGGUAAGCUGUAUGCGGGUCCAGAAGUCGACGUCUGGAGCUGUGGUGUCAUCCUCUACGUUCUUCUUGUCGGACGUCUACCCUUUGACGACGAGCAUAUUCCAAGCUUGUUUGCCAAGAUUGCUCGCGGUACAUACAGCAUACCACCAUGGAUGCCAAGCGGGGCGGCGAAUCUCAUCAAGAAGAUGCUGGUUGUUAACCCCGUUCAGCGUGCUACGAUUGAGGAUAUUCGACAAGAUCCUUGGUUCAUGGUUGACCUUCCCCAGUACCUCCAACCUGCUGUGGAAGAGUUUUACAACACUGGUGUCGACCCUAACAAGGCCAUUGAAAAGAGUGACAUUGCACCCAAUGCACCCGUGAAGGUCCAAGAAAGACUACAUAACGAGGUCACAGAAAAGAUUAGUAAAACCAUGGGUUAUGGCAAAAGCGAUGUCGAGGAGGCUUUGCAGUCAGAGGAGCCAUCCGCGAUUAAGGACGCUUAUAUGAUUGUCAGAGAGAACAAGCUGAUGGAAGCAAACCAAAACCCGACUCUUGUAGAGCCCGAGGCAUCGAGCCCUCUGGUGAGCAUGUCCUCAGCCAGAUCAGGUGGCUCGGGUCAAGUUACGAUCCCGCGGCCGUAUGUUAGCAAGGUUGGUAUUUUGCCCAGCAGUAUUCCGACCUAUCACAAAGAAUAUAUCCUGCGUGCCCAGUCAGGGUCAGACGAAGAGGCGGGUGGCGCUGCUGCGAUUACAGAGGAACCGCAACCUUCACGGACAGACGCUGAGAAAGAGGAAGCUGCAAGACGCCUCAAGCCUCACUCAAGAUCACAGCGUAGUCUGGAAGAAGGAAGCAAGCGUCCUCAGGGUAUGACACCAGUAAAGGAGACGAAACGUUCAAAGCCUGUUCGUUGGCAAUUUGGUAUUCGAUCCAGGAACGCCCCAUGGGAGGCUCUUCUCUGCAUUCACAAGGCUCUCCACAAACUUGGAGCAGGUUACGUCCCUGAUGAGGACUAUCAACGCUCCCACAAGCGUGGUGAUAGUGAGACCACAGGUUCGCACAGCGGCUUACACAGGAGCGCAUCUCAGCGCAGCCAAGAUCCAACCAAGAGAUAUAAGCUGCCCGCAGAUCCAUGGCAUAUCCGAGUCCGCUGGGAAUCUCAAGUGCUACGCAAGACAACCGGAGAUAUAGCAGCAGCAGAGGGUGACGGGGCUGUGCCCUCAAAUUUCCAGGUACAAUCCAAGGACGGUUCCAAGCAGAAAUUCAUUGCACUGCAUUUGGGUAUUCAGAUUUAUGAGAUGGAACAAGGAGUUUACUUGGUCGACUUCAAGUGCUCAGGAUACGAAACAGCGGAUGGGCGGCUGUUGGAGGAGAAAGAGGUGAUGAGCCCGUUCCCUUUUCUGGACAUGGCUGCCAAACUUAUUAUGCAGCUUGCGGAAGCUGAUUGAUCGGAAGAGCUUGGCUUGGGAACAAUUCGCAUUCCUUUUUCGUUCCUGAGGAUGAUGUGCUACAAUGAGGAGAAGUGAUUUUCUUUUUGCUUUACUGCUUGGCGAAUAGGGCAAUUACAGAUAGAACUUGUAUAUAUGGCCAUAAUAAAUGCUAUAGAUUCGGGCAUAUUUAGCAAAUAGGAAGAAGUUGCGUCG